AUGGACAACGACGUCUUCGAGGAGGAGGCGCCCAAUGAGGAGCUGGACAUGGCGGGUAAGGAGCUGAAGAGGCGGCUGGAGUCGAUUAAAACGACGGAGAUCAAGAAGCUGAUACCGCAGAUGCCCUACCAGAUACCGGAGCAUCCGAUUCGGGUGCGCAGCGGCACCGGGGAGGAGCACCUGCGUCGGCUCUUUCCGCGCCAGCUGCGCCUGAAGGAGAUCGCCAAGUCGGUGACGAAGCUGGUGGACCAGGAGCGCAUCGAGCUGCCGUACUUUCGCGCCUACGAGACGAGGAACUACACUGAACGGCUAAUCGCCGAGGCGAUGCGCUACGGAGACUGCCACAAGCCGACGAUGGAGGUGGCCAACUUCUACCUGAAUGACAAGACCCUGGUGCACAAGCUCUUCAAGGUCCUCGUGCCCCGCUACCUCAACUUCACCACCUCCUUCACGGCGAUGCACCUUCUGCCGGGAAUGGAGAUCGACUGGAAGGACCCGAAGGCGACGCGGCACCUCGGCCAGAAGGUGGUCCUAGAGUUGAAAGGCAAUCCCUACCCGAGCAUCUUCCCCGACCGGGUGAACAACAGCAAGAGUCUGCUGCACAACAUUCUCCUCGCCGAGGCGUCCAAGGAGUACUACCGCAAAAAGACUGCUGCUGCUGCAGAAGGCAAACCAUCUGAAGUCGAUUGA